AUGGCUGAGCUUGAUCAAGAUACUUCUUACGGAGCAGGGUACGAGUACCGAAUAGCUUUGAUAGGACGUACAGGGUCUGGAAAAAGUGCCACUGGAAACAACAUUCUUGGGCGUUUUACACCAGAAGAGAGGAACACAGUCAACCACUUUAGCCAUAUAUUUGGUGAGGAAUUCUUCAGGUACCUAAUAAUACUAUUUACACGACGGGAUGACUUGGAAAGAACCGGUGAGACUAUCCAAGAGUAUGUCAAUGAGGUUCCAGACGAACUGAAAUACAUUUUACAGAGAUGUGGUCACAAAUACUUAGCAUUUGCUAACUUUUCUAGCGCUCAGAAAACUGAAUUUGACGUUCUCGAACUGGUAGGGAUGGUCCAAGCAAUCAUUAAUGAGACUGGCAAAGCUUACUUCUCAAAUGAUAAGCUCGAAAAAUCAGAGCUAGAAUUUCAGCGAAGAGCCAAGGAAAUCAGACUCAAAGGAGAGAGGAAGAUUGCGCAGAUUCAGGAAGAAAUGGAGGUCAAACAGAAAGAAAUGGAAAGACAGAGAAAAGAAAUUGAAGCGAGAACAGCACUACAAGCAAAGGAGUUGGAACUUCAAACAAAGAAUUCGGAAAAUUCGGAGAAAGAUGCAGAAAUACGUCGAAAACAAGAAUCCGAAAAAAAAGAAGGUGAAGCAAAAAGCAGAGAAAUGGAAAUCGAAAACGCCAAGUUCGAGUUAAGAAAGAAACACGAAUUAGAGAAAGAAGAAAAACGACACCAGGAAGAAAUUAGAAACAUGCGAGACAAUGAAAGGAAAAAAUACGAAAACGAAGAGCAGACUGUCAUGGGCUGGGCUAUAACUGCAGCAGCAACCGCUGGGAAAGCACUUUGGAGUUAUUUCUUUUGAACUUAUUUCAAUAGAAGCAUUUCCUACUAUACAAGAACCCAGAAAUCUCAUUUCAUUGCUUCAGUUGACUUUGUUUUUGCAGCAUGUGAAUGUAUAACACCAUAACAAAUAUGAAGCAUAAACAAUGUCCUUUUUGAUUCAUUAAUGUUUUUGCUUAAAUUUAAAUUUCUAUAUAACCAUUCCAGUUGUAGCUUUAGUUAUCAAUCAGUUGUUCCGGAUUCCACUUGUCAAGUCAGUUGUUCCGUUUAAGUUGUUUAAAAUGUAGUGAAUAUUCUGUUUGAUGUUUCGGAUCUAGUGUGUCAAGUAAGUUUUCCCGGAUUUCACAUGUCCUAAUAGUUGUUUCGGAUGUGACGUGUCUUGUUAGUGUUUACUGGAUGUAACGUGUCCUGGAACUUGUUCCAGGUGUUUGUUACCUGUUAGUUGUCCCGGCAGUAACGUUUCCAGUUAGUUGGUCCGGAUGAAAAGUGUCAUGUUAAUUGUUCCGGAGGAAACGUGUCAUGUUUUUUCUGGAAGUUACGUGUCAAGUUAGUUGUUCCGAAACAACUGAUCCCGUAGUUAUUCCGGAUUUUUUCGCGUUCAGUUAGUUGUUCGCGAUUGAACGUGUCCAGUUAAUUGUUCUUGAUGUUACGUGUCAAGUAAGUUGCACCGGAU